AUGGCCAGUUCAUCUCAUAAUCCAUCGAUUCUGUUUAAAAGAACACUAAGUUUAGCAGACCCAUCUGGAUUUAUGCUAUGCUAUGACAGUAUAUCCCAAACUUCAUACCCUGUUAUAAAUGAGGUUAUGCAUAGUAUAUCUGGAUCGACCGACCAUAAUAUCACUUAUAUUGCUUUUGAGACCUUAAACAAACCUAGUUUUGCUACUAAUUUUAUUGAUGUAAAUGAAAUUGGAUUCGCUAAAGUGAUAGACAGAGUUCAAAGUCUCUUACCAUCUGCUACCGCUACUGUGAGAUCAAAAAAUUUAGUCGUUGUAGAUUCCUUAAAUCAUAUUGCAUUACCGCAUCUGUCAAGUUUUAUAUCGUCAUUGAUUUCGCCUCAUGUAACUUUAUUGGCUACUUACCACAAGGAUCUCCCUGAAGCUUCAACAAAAGUUGGAUUUGACAAUUAUCCAAAUGCUGAAACAUUAUUACAAUUUAUGGCUACUUCAAUCUUUGAUAUUGACCCAUUAAUACCUAGUACAUUGGAUAGUACUGAAUUAAGAGAAUCCAUUGAGAAAUUCCAUAUUCCAAGGGGUUUAAAUAGAUUACAAUUUAAAGUAAAUUUUACUAAUAGAAGAAGAUCUGGAAGAUCUUUGCUUUACGAACUAUUAGUAGACACUGUCGCUCAUACUUAUGAAGUAUUUGAGGAUAAUACAAAUGAGAAUCAAGAAGAAACACCAGAAAUGUUACAGGAUUUGACAACUUUCAAUUUGUCCACAAGUGCCAAACAAAAGGAAGCCAAAGACCAAGUUGCAUUACCAUUCUUGGAAGCUCAAUCAGAAUUUGCAGGCGGUACUGCUAUCGUUUAUGAAUAUGAGAAGGAUGACGAUUAUGAUGAGGAAGAUCCUUAUGAAGAUCCAUUUUAA